CCCGACUGAGACGGAGAGUCCUGCGGCCCGCACAGCGCCAUGACAGAGGUGGAGGAGACGCUGAAGAGGAUCCAGAGUCACAAAGGGGUCAUUGGAACCAUGGUCGUCAAUGCGGAAGGCAUCCCAAUCCGAACCACCUUGGACAACUCGACCAUGGUCCAGUACGCAGGGCUUCUCCAUCAGCUGACCAUGAAGGCCAGGAGCACAGUCCGAGACAUCGACCCACAGAACGACCUCACCUUUCUCCGAAUCCGGUCCAAGAAACAUGAGAUCAUGGUUGCUCCACAUAAGGAGUACCUCCUGAUCGUCAUCCAGAACCCAUGCGAAUAGACCUGCUCUCCCGCCACGCCUGUCCUGCCCUUGAGUGACGGCUCCAAAUGGACGCCCGUCGAAGUGAUCUUUUGGACUCUAUUUUCUACGUUUACAUUGCAACCGUUCCUCCUGUCCCACACUGACUGUACUGUAGCAUUGUACCUCAGCUGUGUAAUAAACAAACCCCGGUGUUG